CGCGCACGCAAGUCCGCCCCGGGCACGUCGCCGCCACCCGCGCUCGCACGUAUGGUGCGUGGUGACGUCGCGGCGGUGCGGGCGCCAUCCCGGAAGCGCGAGCAAGGCCGCCAGAUGUGCAGGCAGCGGAGGAGGAGGAAGAGAUGGACCCCCCGGACUCGGCCUCGAGGGUCUUCUGCAGCCGCAUCCUGAGCAUGGUGAAUGCGGACGACGUCAAUGCCAUCAUCCUGGCCCAGAAGAACAUGCUGGACCGCUUUGAGAAGACCAACGAGAUGCUGCUGAACUUCAACAACCUGUCAAGCGCCCGCCUGCAGCAGAUGACCGAGCGCUUCCUGCACCACACGAGGACGCUGGUGGAGAUGAAGCGGGACCUGGACAGCAUCUUCCGCAGGAUCAGGACACUGAAAGGGAAGCUGGCCAGGCAGCACCCAGAAGCCUUCAGCCACAUCCCGGAGGCCUCCCUCCUGGAGGACGAGGAUGAGGACCACAUCCCGCCCAGCACCACAACCACCAUUGCCACCUCGGAACAGAGCACGGGCUCGUGUGACACUAGCCCUGACACCGUCUCGCCCUCCCUCAGCCCCGGCUUCGAGGACCUGUCCCACGUCCGGCCCGGCUCCCCUGCCAUCAAUGGCCGCAGCCAGACGGACGACGAGGAGAUGCUGGGCGAGUAACCCUGCUCCCCGGCGCUCCCAAGGUGUCUGAGGCGGCAGCGCACACCCCGCCUCAAGAUUGACAGCUUUGCCGUGCUGUCCAUUAUCCAGGGCUCCGGGGGACAGGCUCCCUCCCGGGGGUGUGCAAGUCCUCGGAGUCUAUGAUUCUCACUUGUCCCUCACUGAGAACAUCUCUGCAGACCCCUCUGCCGGGCCAGGGGGCAGUGAGCCCAGCUGAAGUCAUUGGGCUGGGUGCAAGGGGGCUUUUCCAGAGCCAGACCUGAGGUCUGCUCUGACCAACACUCAAGGUUCCCAGAGGCCAGAGCCAGAUGGCCCCUGCCCCAGCACCCUGGGCAGGGCCUCCUCAAGGCGGACAAGCACUGUCAUGUCUGAGUUCACCUCAGCCCACCCCACACCCACUAAUUCUGGUCUCCCUGCCCCUCUGUCCAAUCAAAGUAUUGAUGAAAGCAUCUCAAGGCGGAUUCUGAGACAGCUGUGGAAGGCUCAAGACAGAGGCUGGCCGCCUACUCAGCCCCCAGCCAGCCUGAUAAGGCCUGUGUUUCUCUGACCAGAGGUGUGCACGCUGAGGGCCCAGCAGGCCUCUCCCAGGGUCUCUGUGGAGCAAGCCAAGCCACCUUGGAAAUCAGAAUUUAAACGGAAUAUUUUUGUACCCGAUGUUUACAGAUGCUGUUGGGAAGUUAUCAAUAAAAAGACUCCAUUACUAAAAAGAGAAAGAUGCA